AUGCCACGAUCCAUUGUCGGCUUUCCUGGUCUCGUAGUCCAGUUAAACUGUUCUGCUACUGGUGAUCCGGAACCCACAAUUAGGUGGCUCUUUAAUGGCAGAAGCUUACCUGACGGAGCUUCAAAUAGUAGCGGCACGCUAACGGUCGCAAUCGGAGACGAAACCGUCGGCAGGUACAAAUGUGAAGCGAGCAAUGCAGCUGGGAUGGUCCACCAAACAGCAAAUGUUUCUAGAAGACUCCCGCCGGCUCCCGAGUUCACAUCAGCGCCGUCGACGAGGAUCCUUAUUCAAGAAGGGCUUCCUCUCGUUGUGGAGGUGGAAGUUAGUGGGCACCUCGACGUCUCUGUGUCAUGGAAUAGACGUCCUGACGGUCUGCCUAAUGCAACUGUUGUCGUGGGAACCCGGUUUCGGACACCUCCAGAUGCGGUCCUGCCCGGUCGAUACCAAAGUAGCUUGAGGAUUUCCAGUACUCAGUUGACUGACGCAGGAAACUACGUAGUAUUUGCUAGUAAUCCAGGCGGCAGGAGUCGGGUCAACUUCGUCGUCGCGGUCGCCAGACCUUCAGCACCUACAAUUGUAGACUUGACUGCUAGCCCGGUGCUGACUGAGAGAGGAAAGCAACUUUCUCUUUCCUGUUCUGCAGUAGGAAAUCCUGCGCCCGAUUUGUACUGGCACGAUCCUGUAGGGGAAGUGGUCGCUUUAAGACGAAGCUCCGGCGACCUUGCGGAAUCGGCUAUCGAAGUGGCUUUACAGCAUCAGAUCGGGUCUAUCACUGCAAGUAAUGCUGGUGACUAUGUGUGUAGAGUCACCAACCGGAUCGGAAACGCUGAAAGAGAAGUCAGUGUCAUAGUUCAGAAUUUACCAGUUGUCAAGAUUUCCCCUCCCCAUGCCGGUGGAUAUCUUGGCUCGGUGAUCAACCUCCACUGCAGCGUCACUGGUUUUCCUAUCCCUAAUAUUUCAUGGCUGUAUAAGGGUGCAUCGACGUUGCCUCCAGGUGUUACUGCCAGACAGGCGCGCGUAACAAUCGAACUUAAUCAGAAAACUAGAGGUCAGUACACUUGCCAAGCCCAGAAUUCUCUGGGAACGACGUCUGUUAACGCGAUUAUUCGGCUCUACGCUGUUCCUCGUCCAACUGUCACUGUUUCUCCACGAUCUGUAACGAUAACGUCGGGAGAACCCUUGGUUUUGCGUUGCGACAUCAACAGCCUUACGCAGGUUCAAGUUUCGUGGAUCUUCGUCGAUGGAGACGUCGGUAACCUGGAAGAGAUGGCUGAUGACUUUUCCACGCCGACUCGUGGUUCAAUUUUAAAUAUCACGAGGGCGACGCUGAGCCACAACGGCAGGUACACCUGCACGGCAACGAAUUUAGGCGGCAGCGAAACGGCGGAAGCGCAGGUAACGGUACUGCCGUCGUUGGUUUCAACUCAGGCUUCAACCUCAUAUCCGACUACGCAAACAGCGUCGACAGCUAUUCCAUCGACGCAAACAGCGUCGACAGCUAUUCCAUCAACGCAAACAGUGUCGACGGCUAUUCCAUCAACGGAGUCACUGGUUACACCGUCAUCGUCAGAUUCGGCUAUUGCUGAUCCCGAGAUCAUCAUUUUACCUUAUUCUAUCGAUGAGAUGGCUGGUGUGAACGCCGUCUUUCGAUGCAUGGUGAGGAAAGGAACGGUUGACACGUUUGUGUGGAGUCGUACUAAUGGACCUGUACCGGAUAAUGCUGUUGUGGAGGGAAACGUUCUCUCGUUCACGCCUCUGUUGGGAAGAGAAGGAGGACGAUAUAGGUGUAGAGGCGAGGAUUCUCUGGGGCGCUUUGUGGUUACAUUUGCGAUGUUGACUGUUCGACCACCACAGAUAGCCGUGGAGGUGACUCCGUCGCAACUGCAGUUGUGUCCCGGACAGACAGCGGAGUUCAAUUGCUCGGCAAGAAUGAGUGGGGUCUCUCGCAGCUGGACGGUCGACGACGUUGCCGUCUCUGACGACUUUGUGAGGGACGACGGUCGACGGCUUGUCAUUCCUGCAGUCGAUGAUUCUGAUAACGGAACGUACAGAUGUGUGGCUACUUUUGGAGCAUACUCAGAGAGAGAUACGGCAGUACUUAGGGUUGACGUGGUGCCUCCCAGAGCAAUUGCUGCUCCAAAGAACAAGACGGUUGACGAAGGGAGUGACGUUCAGUUUAACUGUAGUGUACAAGGAUGUCCUGCACCGGCGGUUCAGUGGUUGGCCGUCGGUCGAUCGAGCCUACCGGACAAUGCUAGAGAAGAUAAUGGUCGUCUGAUUUUGACUAAUGUGCUGCCGACAACACCGACUGAGUAUGUUUGCCAAGCUAUAUCUUUGUUUGGUAUUCACGGGGACCAUGUGAUGCUGGCUGUUGAGAUUCCGCUGCAGAUUGCAGUCGAUCCGCCGUUUUCUAGGGUGACUGCUCCGCAGACGGCGCGAUUUCAAUGUGUUUUCCGCGGCGGUGGACCGGCGGAGACAAUUACUUGGUCUAGACAGACGGAAGAGGUGCCUAAAAACAGCGCAAUUUCAAACGACGGAGAAACACUAACGAUUCUAGAAACGAGCUGUGCAACAAGCGGUCAGUACGUCUGCACCGUUGAAACUAAAAAUGGACAAAAGCGACAGGCGUUCGGAAACUUAUCAGUUGUUGCCGCUGCAAAAGUCUCCGUCAUGCCGUCCCAGGCUACUGCUCUUGUGGGAGCUUCCGUUUCAAUGACGUGCGAAGCGACGGGCGACUGUCCCGAGGCUAAGGUGUCUUGGUCGCGUGAGGUCGGAGAUCUUCCGACUUCGUCCACCGUGACUGACGGGCGACUGGAGAUUUCAGGUGUCAAACGAGGAGACGGCGGAGUGUAUGUCUGCACGGCGGAAAACAUUGUGCAGAACGUGACCGCAACAACGACACUGACAGUACACGUACGGCCGACUGUGACGGGUAGGACAUCAUACACGGCCGAAUACGGAGACAAUGUCACCUUGUUGUGUUCUGCUGAUGGCAUUCCCAAACCAAACAUCACGUGGAGCAAACUCAAUUCAAUGUCUGAGUUACCGAGCGGUGCAGUGGCCGACGAAGGCAGGCUGCAGCUGUUUUCAGUGCGAUCGGAAGAUUCGGGAACAUACAGAUGUCAGGCAAGAAGUGUUGCUGGAAACGAAAGCCACAAUAUUACAUUGAAUGUGCAAGUUGGUGCUAUCGUGGUUCGCAUUACUGGAGAGACGGGCGUCGAAGAAGACGGCCGACUUGUCGUCGAGUGUAACGCACAGGGAAUCCCCACUCCUGUCGUCACGUGGACAAGGGGUGGAGGAAGGUCGUUGCCAAUAGGAGUCGAACAGAGCGGAAACGAGUUGAUAAUCAACGUCGCAAAGUCAGAGCAUGCGGGAAUUUACAAUUGCACGGGAUCGAACGGAGUCGCCCAGAAUACAACGGAAUCGUUGACUCUAGACGUUUUCAGUAUGCCGAGUGUUUCAGCUGGACCUGAACAGUUGGCAGUGUAUGAAAACGAAACGGCGAGACUUUACUGCUCGGCGACUGGAUAUCCCGUUCCUCAAAUUUUAUGGUCGAGAGGCGACGGGCAGUCGCUGUCAUCGAUGGCGAGUGUAGUAUCGGGUGACUUGGUGUUUAAUUCUGUUACUGCCGGCGACGAGGGCGAGUAUAUAUGUACAGCAGUGAACAGGAUCGGAAAUGGAGGUGUCGCACGGGAAGAUUAUGGAAGCAGCAAACUUGCUGUUAUGGAUAAGCCGCCGUCUUUUCUUGGUAAUUCUUACACAACGUAUCAUCGUGACCAUGCCGACUCGGGGUUUAACAUUACGAUCACUUAUCUGCCUCACAAAGAGACUGGUCUGAUUUUGUAUCACGGCAACCAGUCUCGACCGUUGACUAGUGACUUCAUGGCACUUAGUCUCUUGAACGGAAAGGUGAUAUUCCAAUUCAAUCUUGGGGAAUCUCAGGUAGCCCUCACCAGCCAAGACUCCAUUACAAUGGACGAGUGGCAUACCGUCUCUAUUUCCCGUCGAGGAGUCGCUGGUGAGUUAGUUGUCGACGAUCAGGAGCUUGUGUUUGGACGGGCAACGGGACGUCUUUCGAGUUUCGACUUGGAAGAUCGUUUCUAUUUGGGUGGACAUCCGUACUACGGUGACGUUCGGAGCGAAGUGACGGCUCGUUCAGGUUUUGUUGGAUGCAUCCGUCAUUUGAGCAUACGACCCGAAUAUGACUUGGACUUGUAUGAUGAUGCAUUGCGUUUGGAGAACGUUGGCAGGUGUGAGGGAGAUGAAGUAGGGUGUCCAUGUCAAAGUGGAGAAGUCUGUGUUUUGAGAACUACUGAUUUUAUCUGCUAUCCUGCAGAUGGUCCUGUGAUCAUUCCCUAUUUCAAUCUGACAUCGUUCGCCUCAUUUAACGACACGGGCGUCCUCACUCCAUCAUCCGAUCUUUCUAUCGAGAUAGCCUUUCGACCCGAUAUCGAACAAGGCCUUAUUUUGUAUCAUGGAGGAAGAAGGAGCGACGCGUAUGAAUCUUUUUUCUCAAUUGGUUUGGUAGACGGUUCGGUGGAGUUUCGUUUCUCCAACGGCGACGGCACGACAGCAGUAGUGCGAAGCGAUCCUAUCGAUCUAAUUUUAGACCACGUCAUCGUUGCACGUCGUCAAGGCACUUCAGGUUCAUUGCAAGUCGACGAUCUGCCACUGGUACAAGGCGACACUCGUGGAAGGGAGACUCGGCAAAUUUUGGAGGGUGACCUAUACGUGGGUGGCGUUCAAGAUUAUCAUCGUUUAUCAGAGAGAAGUGGGCAGACGAUCGGGUUCGUAGGCUGCGUGAAACGGCUAAGCGUGCAAGCUCGGAUGGUUGAUCUAACGAAGCCCAAACUGAAGGCCAACGUUUUGGUGUGCAAUCCGUGUGAUGGUCUGGACGAGUGUGGGUUUGGUUUCUGUCAUCAAAAGUCUCCUGGUGUGAAGGAGUGUGAGUGUGUACCGGGAGAGUACGGAGACAGUUGCGAGAAAGUGGUACAGUUUGGACGCCCAAAUUUCACUGGAGAUGGAUUCAUCAAGUAUAAGUCAAACCUAAUGAGCGGCUACAUAGAUCGGUCAGAUCUGACUGUCCCAGGUCUGAAUGUCCCAGUCCUGACGAUCUCUUUUACCAUCAGAGAAGGAUUUACGGAUGGACUGAUGUUUUAUUACGGAUCAGAGUCUUCAGAGGACUUUCUUUCCAUUGGAAUGAAAGGAGGAGCGAUUGUGAUAAUGUGGCACGAUGAGUCUGGCUCCCAUCAAUUUCAGACAACAAGCCGCAUAAAUCCUGAUAAACUUCUAGACUUAGGUUUUAGAAGACGUACUGGCUAUGCAAAUGGUCAGUUGACAUUGGAAGGCAGUGUAGAAGGUCGUCCAUUGGUGGCAGAAGGAACGAACUUUCCUUUCCGCCCUGGAGACGACGCGUUCGUGUAUAUCGGUGGAUCCGAAAACGUGUCCGACCUCACCGACAACGAGUUCCGCAAUGGCUGGCAAGGCUGCGUCGCUACAUUGAGUCUGACAACCACGGGAGACUUGAGACUCCAGGAGCACGUGAUUGACGUAUCUAAUGUGUAUGAGUGUCAAAUUGAAGGCAUAUCCCCGUGCUCUCCCGGCACCGAUCUGUCGCCACCCAUUUGCUAGCGAGGAGCCUAUAUUGCGAAAUAAAUUAAUUAAGGUGUUCACGUACAAGAAUGAGUAGAAAUUAGCAAUUUUGGCACAAUAUUGACUUACAGCAAGUGCUUUUUGAUUUUUCAUGUUCGUGUAGGCAUAGAAAGGAGAACUGAUAUGUGAAGUCAUUUCCUGACUGCACAAAUGAUAAGCCGUGUUGGCCAUUUUGGAAGCCAAUUUGGUUUAUUAAUUAAAUAAGUAUACCGUACAUUAAAUUCAAUCGA